CAAUCUGGACGCAACCCCUGACUCUGUGUAAUUUUUUUAAUUUUCUUUGAAUAAAUAUAAAUUUUUCAUCCCCACCUCUCUCCCAACUUCUAAUUUCGGCUUUUCCUGCACCGCCGUUCUCGUUCUGACUGGAGAGUCCACUGCCUAUUAAACAACGACCUUUCCAAGAUGAUGACCCCCUCGGGCGAUUCCCUAUGCCGCAAGCCUUUUAUGGUGACAAUCAGCGGGAACAAUCUCGCCGCGCAGGCACCGCCGAGUGACCGCGAGGGAGAGAAGUCGCCAUCGGAAUCCGGCGGAAACCAGAAUCAUAACAUGCAAAACAAGCAGCAGGUUCCGAGCAACCCGGACUUCCUCCUCCUGGAGUCCCGCCGGUCCUCAUUCGAGAAUGAGGUCAGCUGUCGGUCGUCGCCCAUGCACUCCGUGGGCCAUUCGCUGUUCCAGAAAGCCCCGUCACCAACCGCACUUGCGAACGAGAUCAACACUGGGGGGCGGAACAGUCCGAACUUGGUCCAACAACAGGGCGGUGGAGCUAAUUCUACCGGGGAUGACCAGGCGGAUCAGAGCACGAGUAACUACUUGAUGCAGAACACGGUGUCGCAGACCUCGAACAACAAGGCUCCGUCGAGUAACGACAGCACGGUGGACGAUCUGCAGGAGCAGUUGCACUUUAUGGGCCCCUUGGUGACCUACGCGUACUCCGGGGAUUGUAACAAAGUGGUGAACAUAUUGGAACAGCGAGCGAACGUGAACAUGUGCACGCCCUUGGACAAGAGGACGGCGCUGCACUACGCAGCGGCGGCGGGAAGUACUUGAUAUACGUGAUUAUUUUCCUGUUGAUUUAUGGGUUUCAUUGAGUGGAUCUGCUGGAUUCCUCCAGGUGUGAAGUUUCUAGAGGACGUGUUAGUUAAGUACUGCUCGCAUAAUUUAUUGCGUGCUUCUGGCAUGUCUAUGUCUAUCUUUGUUAUUUUUCCACAACUAUACCUCCAGGUCUCGACGUUGUGAAACUUCUGAUCGAGGAAUAUGGUGCGAAAUCGAAGCCCGACCGCUUUGGCAUGCUGCCCAUCCACGAGGCGGAAAGACACCCCGACGUGCGGGUAUCCAGGAAAGAACACCCAUCCCCAUCCAUUUUUUGCAUGACAAAUAGUGGCUUUUAUGCAUGUUUUGCAUGACAAAUACAAAUUGGAUGGGGAUGGGGGUUUUUUCCUGGAUAGCGGGCUUACCUACACGACGUGGAGUCGGUCGAGCUCCUUUCGGAUAAAAUGAAGGACAAAAACAUGCCGAUCUUUUCCCCCCCGCAGACUAUCCAACCGGGAAUCUCCGUGUUCCUCCCGGCGAUGGGCGAUCUGCAGCGGUUGAAGGCGAAAGUGUUCCAACUCUGCACCCGAAUGUCCGACUUUUCGUACUACGUCGUCGCGCAGGAAGUGGACUACUUCUUCAACGUUUUGGGGUUGCACCAAAUGUACUUCGCCCACUUCACCGCGGCACAGAUCGCGAACCACAUCUCCGUUUUGCUAUCUUCGAAGAAGGUGAGUAAGGCCGCGGGCAGUGAGGACGUAUCUUUUGCGUUGGAGAACGUGGAUAAGGCGUUUUACUUGUCCUCGCUGGGAACACCGGAAACCCAGAUGAACGUGUACCACCAGGUGUGUGUAUCCACAGUGUGAAUUUUUUCCGGCAUACGAAUACAUCAAAUGCGGUUCCUGCAUGACAAAGCUUUCCGAUGGUGAUCCUAUUCAGCAUGACAACAAGUGGCGUGCUUUUUCAAAUUGACGAAUAAUCUUGUCCUUGUGCUCAACAUGCAUUUUGUACGUCGUGCGCGGGAAUGAACUUGUAUUGCAUAUUGAAACUACAUCCUCUACAAGGACCGGGACACGCUGGAAAGGAGGAAAAACUCCGAGCACAUCAACCAACAGGACGAGAGGUUCCAGAAGCAAAAUCUCUACGGGAAGUACGGGCCGUUGGAUAAGAGAAUCGAGCAGGACAAGAACAAAUUCAACGCGGACGGGCAGCUAUUAAGACAAGGAUUUUCCGUCAUGUACAUGGCCAGCGACAACCCAGCUUUCCAAGAUUCUAAGAACAAGGACAAUAUUCUCCGUCUCUUCAUCGUCGACCGAUUCUCCUUCGACAAACAGGUCUCCGAGGACGAGACGGAUUUGCAGAUGGUUGCGACGCCAAGGUUUUUGAGAACAAAAUCCGAAUACGCCUUGUCCCGCUACCAGCUGUUACUCGAUCAGGUCGUCGUAUCCAGGAAAAAAACUGUGUUAGUGUAGGUUUUUUGGGAAAACAGCAUCACAAGUUUGUCUGCCAUGACAGGAAAAACUUGUCAUGCGCAGAUAGGACGGGAAAACACGUAGGAACAAACGAGCCUAUCAUGCAUGUGGAGCAUGACAAGCGUAACCGUUUUGCAUUUUCUGCAUUACAGAGUUACACUACUUACACAGUUUUUUUCUUGCAUACGUCGCGAGCAAAAACGCGGUCGUGACGAGCAACACGGGGGAGAUGUACCCGCUGGAUGGGAAUGGAUACGUGGUGCAGUUUAUGCACUGCAAAAGUAACGUACUAGUAUAAAUUGCAUUACAAAUUUUGGCAAGAUGAAAAGUCGAAUUUGUAAUGCUGUUUUACCUUAGAUGGGAGAUUUCGAUUUGUCAUGCAUGUUUGCAAUUAGUACGAGUGCGAUACUUUUGCACAGGAUACAGUUUGCGACGGCCGAAUCGUCGCGAAAUUUCUACCUCCACGAGAUCGCGCAGUGCUUCCACUUCUUACAAGUGAAUCCGAAGAGGUUUUACAUCGAGUCCUUCGCCAACGGGGUGGUCACCUACACGUAUUUUUUCACGAAUACUAAUGCGACUGCGGAGCAGAUUGGGCGGUUGACAGACGUUUUGAAGUACAUCACGCAUUUGAAGAUGACGCCAAAUCGGAGUGGUUUGGUUUGGAACUGCGUCCUGAACGGGUAUCUAUCCCCCGAGAACAUGACGUACGUCCUCGCGCUGGUCAAAUUCGCGCACGCGUUCUUCCCGCGGGAGCAGCUGUACCCCCAGUUUGCGGAGCUCAAGUCGCAGCUGUCGUUUCACGCGGAGUCGCAGAACAAAUUCGAGGAGCUGUACAAGAAGGCACUGUUGGAGAUCUUAACGCCGGAAAGAAUUUACGUGUGUGCAGUGAAGCAUGUGCAGGUACUUACUUACUUCCGAACAGAAUUUUCGUUUUUUCGUUUUCCAAAAGAUAAAAAAAGUAUGGUGCACGACUUUGCAUGAAGAUUCCAAACGCAUAAAAAGUUUACCAAGCACACCGAUGUGAUCAUGAGCUCUAUCAAAAAAUACUUUUAGGUUCUCGCCGCUCUUUUCGACGAUUUCGAAAAAAUCGCCACCGGCAAACGCAAGCCCUUCUUCAACGAGGAGCUCUUCGAGAACCACUGCGGCAUGCUCCCCGAGGACGAGCGGCUGGUGAUGCGAACCUUUUGUCUGUUCAACGAAGCUUUACGGGUGACGAACUUCUUCAAGAAGAACGGCAUUCCCGGCGCGAUGGCGUUUCGGUUUGAUCCAAGCUUUUUGGUUUCUAACCGGGGCCCGGAUCUGUACCCCGAAGUGCCCUACGGCAUUUACAUGAUUGUUGGCCGCACCUUCUUUGGUUGGCACGUGCGGUUCCGGGAGAUCGCGAGAGGGGGGAUCAGAUGCGUGAAAUCGCCGUCGAAGGAGGCGUACACGAGGAACGCGGCGAGCUUGUUCGACGAGACCUACAAUCUCGCCUACACCCAGCAAAGGAAGAACAAGGACAUCCCGGAGGGGGGAUCCAAGGGGACCAUUCUGCUGGACUCCAUCAAUCAGGACUCCGCGAAGGACGCUUUUUUGAAGUACGUGGACGCUUUGUUGGACAUCAUGCAGGGGACCAUGGAGCAGACUUCGAACUUAAACAGUGGCGCUAGUCCGGCUAGUACAACAUCAGUGAGUAACAACAAACAAAACAAAACCAGAACCCCCCUGACGCCCUCUUCCUCAAAAAGCAAAAACUUUUCCGGCAUUUUUUCCCAUCUCCCGAACAACCAGCCAGAAACGCUAUUUUUCGGCCCCGAUGAGAACACGGCUGACUUCAUGAAGCUGGGCGCCUUACGUGCGAAGGAAAGGCGCUACCCCUUCGCGAUGGCGCUGACGACCGGGAAACCGCAGGAGCUGGGCGGCGUCCCACACGACUUGUACGGGAUCACGACCACGGGCGUGCACGAGUACGUGCUGUGUCUGCUGAAAGAGUUGAACAUCGAGGAGUCGUCGAUCACGAAAUUCCAGACCGGCGGCCCGGACGGGGAUUUGGGCAGCAACGAGAUUCUGAUCAGUAAGGACAAGACCGUCGCGAUCGUGGACGGUUUAUCCACAUAAAAAAACCCAUCCCCAUCCAAUUUGUCAUGCAAAACAUACAUGAAGUCCAGUGUUUGUCGUGCAAAAAAUGGAUGUGGAUGGGUUUUUUUCUGUGGAUACGGUUCCGGCGUCGCCUACGACCCAAAUGGGUUGGACCGCACGGAACUCGUCCGGUUGGCGAAGCUGAGGAAACCGAUCGCGAACUUCAACAAGCAGUUACUGUCGUCGAACAACGCUGGAGGUGCAGCUGGGACGAGCAAUAAUUCCGCGAAUACCCCGGACGGGUCGGCUUCGGUUGUUUCUGUGGAGCGGAACGUCUCCAACCAGUAUUCCGGUUUCGUGUACUCCGUCGACGACAGCAAUAUCACCCUGCCCGACGGCAGCACGUACAGAAACGGGGCCGAUUUGCGGAACGCUUUCCCUUAUCAAAUGCAAAAAUGUCUGGGUCUGGAAACUUGUGAUGUUUGUUGGGUGGCGUAUCGUGAGGAGGCCACAAAUGCUGGCUCAGCAUGAUAAGUUUCUGAGCUUCUAGGUGUUGCCUAUUCUGCAUUACAAACUGCGUUUCUGCAUGACAGAAAAGUGGCGCUCUUGGGUAACGUGCGUGCCAGAUGUGAGAGUCAUGCCAGACAAGCAUGACAAACAUGCACUCUUCCAGACCCAGACAUUUUUACAGUUGAUAUCCCUUUAACGACCUUCGCCCACGCGGAUCUGUUUGUCCCCUGCGGGGGCCGCCCGGCGACGAUCUCCAUGUCGAACGUGAAGCAGUUGAAGCGGGAAACCGACGGCGCGAUGCAGUGGAAGUUCGUCGUCGAGGGGGCGAACUUGUUCUUCACGGACCCGGCGCGGCUGUGGCUGGAGAAGCACGGGGUGAUUCUGUUCAAAGAUGCGAGUGCGAAUAUCCCACGAAAAAACUGUUUCACUGUGAUGAUUUUGCAAGAUCUGCAUCACAAGUUUGUUACACAUGACAGAGAAAACCUGGCAUGCGUGCUUCCUAAGGGAAAACACAGCUAAAAAUCCAAUGUCUUGCAUGUGUAGCAAGACAAACACACUUGCGCUCCGUUCUAUGCAUCACAAGUUUACAGUGAAGCAGUUUUUUCUUGCGAUAGCGAACAAGGGAGGGGUGACGAGCAGCAGUCUGGAAGUUUUCGCGGCGCUCGCCAUGGACCCGCAAACCCACGACACGCACAUGACAGUGAAACCGCUGGAACCGCCGCCGGUGAUGUACACGAAGUAUGUGCAGGAAAUCAUCUCCCGGAUCAAGGACAACUGCAAAAAGGAGUUCUACUGCAUCUGGAACCACACGAAAAUCGUAACUACCGGAGGUAAUAACUCGAAAUCCAACUCCGAUUCCGAGGGCGCGACCGCGGCAAAUCUCCACAACGCCGUGAACAUGAAGACCUGGGGCAGCACCGGCGGGUCCGGGACGACGUACAAUAAAUCACCGACAGCCGUUUCAGGUCUGCCGGCUUCAUCUCAGGUGAACAACUAUUUGAUCCCGCUUACCUCCCCGACAAGCAACAGCGCGUUGACCUCUUUCGCCAACCAGUACCAGCAGCAACAUCUCCCCUUCACCGAGGCGAAUUCCCGGACGAAACUGACCGCGGAACUCUCCACCGCGAUCACCGGGAUUCAUGAUUCCUUGAUGCUGAACUUGGAUUUAGACGACCCGAACUCCACGGAUAUUGCGCUGGUGAACUACGUGUUAACCAAGGCGAUUCCGAAACUGUUGCUGGAAAAGAUUGGGCUGGAUCAGAUGGUCCAAAGGUGUCCGCAGGCGUAUUUGAAAGCGAUGUGUGCGGCGUACAUCGCGAGUUCGUACGUGUACAACACGGGACUAGCGAACAACACGCCCUACGCCUUCCAUCAGUACAUGCUCAAGCUGCAGAAAGAAGCGGACCAGGCGAUCUUGAUUUCGCCGGAGCUGUCGCACAAUUCGUUCGGCAGUGGCUUUAGCGAGAAGGUGGGGUUUGGGAAGACGGCGUUAGACGCAGUGAAGUUUUAGACGAGGUGGACAGCCGAUGGGUAGUUUCGAUACUUAACUUCUGGACAGCAAAGGGCGAGGCUCAUCGUCGCUGUUGUAUCGUAGUCACGUUUAUCUAUUUGGUUCUUAGAAAAAGAACGCAUGUAAUUAGAGUUGUUGUCGAAAUUCCAAUACGGUUACGGUUUCCAACCUUAAGAAAAAUACCUUACACGACUUUUUUGUCAGCGUAGUCACAUUGAUUCGGCGAAAGAGAAAAAAACAGAAAGCGGAAGUGACCACGCAAGAACGACAGGAUCAAUGAAUAACACCACCCCAGACGUCUUUCGUUACGUCGAUUCUUAGUGGGAAACAAUUUUACUGAUACUCUGGGCUUCAUGUUGUCUACGCGUGUACUAAAAUAUUUCACAAAACGCAGGUAAAUCCAGUGUCAGCAUCAUGAUCGUAACACUAGUUACUUGCGACUUGGGCUUUACGAAAUCCACGAUGAAAUUACACUCUUUCCUUUCGCCGUGUAAAUAAAAGACCUAUUACUCAUGUAUGAUUUUUUCAAGCCGUUAUCGCAACGCAUCGACCAAUGUGAAAAAAUGCGAGAAAGUUUCUAAUGAUUAUGUCUCCUCUUCUACCACUCCAGGUUCAGUGUAAAAUAGCCAGAAAGAACAGCACAACUAUACGCAAAGUCAUAGCAUAAGCACAGGGCGCACCACCACAACAGCCUUUUUUUUCACGGUGCCCGUCUGGAGGGACGUUUAUUUUUUUCUCUCCUGUAAGGAGACGGGUCAUUUAGUUACUUCACCUAUUAAUAGUUCGUCUAGUUGCAGCAGAGAUGACUGCUGUUUAGUGCAGUGAAAGCAAUACCAUCACGUGGUUGAUUAGUUUAAAGAUUCCAGCGAACAGUAAUCACGACGAAAUUCCUACUCUUUGUUGUGGUUAGCAACUGUUGCCAAACCCAAACCAUUGUCAUUGAUAUAUACCUGAAAAAUGGGGAAGGACAAAAAUGGACAACGACAAAGUAGUUUUGUUUCGUAUUUGUUUUUUCAAUACGCAAAUCAAAUCGCGG